CCAUCGGGAGAUUGUCAUUUUAUGUCCUACCGUAAAACCAUGCACACACGGGCUCCCAAUCGGAUUUCAGACUAGGACACUUACAAUGUCAGGGCUGUGUGUGUGUACCUGUGUGUGUACAUAAUAUUCCAACAGCAGUUGAAAUCAUUGGAAUCCAGAUCAUAAAAAAAGGAUGAACGAACUUCAAGAGGACAUUCAUUUUGAUCAUAUCAUCAUCAAUGUGUCUGAUAAUUGUGAUUGUUGAAUUUCAAACACACCUGUGCCUCCAGAUUAGCACCUGUUAUAAUUUAUUCAAGCGGGAGAUCAAUCGACAUCUUUUAAUUAAAUAUCAGAAGGGAGAUCGUAAUAAUUGCCUUCCAGAAUCUGCAGAUUUCACUUUGAACUGUUCCUCUUGUCCUGACUCAACUGUGCCUUUUCUGAAAUGUUCGUCUACAGAAGAUGUUAACAUGUUACGAAUCUUUAAUCGAUCAGUCAUACGAUAUUUCACAAGAAAAUGCCUGGAAUGCUCUAUUGUUAAGUGAAGCUGUCAAAUCCUUAGUUUUUCGUGAGUUGCUCCAAUAUGCAAGCUCCUCUGUACAGAUCUUUUUUCUGUUUCUACAUCAUCAGAAAUUGAUCUCGUAAAAUUGCAAUCAACCGAUGACGUGCUCAGUACCUAUACGAACACACUACCUUAUCAUAUUUCUUUUCAUAAUAGAUUGUUGAGUAGCAGAGUGACGGUGGAACAAAAUAACGAAUGCUUCGUUCUUUCAGCGUGAACAUAAUGCACACCUGUUUACUUAAUUGCCAAAAGUCUGAUAAUUCAACUGCAGGCCUAUGGCAUGUGUUGUAUUAAUCAACACGGAUUUUUCGAGAAUGGCUGAAAGUGUAUUUUGUAAACGAGACUAAUAUCGCAACGUAUACUAUGUGUAUCACGAGAGUGUGCGGACACUCUGAAUGGUCAGCUCAUCAGUGAAAGAAUAGUUGGUGCGAAUUCAACAGACAAGCAUGCUUCAAUUUAUUGACCGGUUACCAGGAGACAUUUCCCCCUGCCCUUUGCAAAACAUUAUCAACUGCAGUAUUAUUACUCUGAAAUGUUCAAUCGCCUUGUGAUAUUGAACAUUGAAUUUUUCUUUUCUAAAAUUUUCUCGGUAUGGGAUCUGAAAUAAAACCAUGAUAUAGGACGUCAUCUUUGACGGAGGACAUUUUUAUUUGAGCUAUCAAAUGAUCGGGUGCCUACCUCCUCGUUUGGCAAUGGCCACUUUGCCGCGGUUUGAGACAGGACCCAUGACGGCGUCAUUCGUUCAUACCGAUGGAAACGCACUUCAAAAAGCGGUGAGACUUGGUAAACUUCGCCUGACACGACUGCUUGUAGAAGGAGGAACAGAUUUACACAGUGUUGACGAUAAUGGUAGAACGGCUUUAAUCAUAGCGUGUAUGACGCACUACGAAGAUGAUAAGGAAAAUGUGACGAAGACGAAAUUGGUGAAACUGCUCUUGGAGAACAAAGCUAAUGUGAACGCCCAGGAUAAAUGUGGCCGUACGUGUUUGAUGUAUGCAUGUAUGGAACUGGGUGGGAAAGAAUUAAUAAAGCUACUUCUCACUUACGAAGCAGACCCGAGAAUAACGGAUAAAAACGGAUCAUCAGCCCUGGUGUAUGCUGUGAACGCAGGGGAUGCGUCGGUGCUGUCAUCGCUUAUCAAUAACUGCAAGAACAAAGGAAAAGAAGUGAUUAUCAUAACUACAAACGAUCGUGGAAAGGAGAGAGAUACAAAACAGUAUUUAGAUGUCCCUCCUUCUCUAGCAACAAGUCCUCCACUAUAUAAAUGUAUUAGUCCAGCUCAGAUCGAGUUGAAGCCGCCGAAUUCUUUGGACAUUCCUAGUGCAACAAAUAAACUUAACGCAGAGAUAUCCUCGCCAAAGUCACAUAGGAGGCGAGAGAAACAGCUACUACUAUUAGAUUCACCUCUAUCGCCAGAGAGCUCGCCGCGGUCACCGGGUAAUUCGCCGCGCUCACAGCGGUUGCAACCGUCAAAAGGACAAUCAUCGAUACAGACUCGUCGCCUUGUCAGACGGGGUAGCAUGGGUCUCUUGUACGACAAUGGGUCUAUAUCACCUACAAGAUCUCAUCCAGAUUUACCGGAAGAGUCCGAAGAGGAAGCUGCCCGAGAAAGUAGCGGAAGUGCACCUACUCUACCAGCAAACAGUAACGAUUCGUUGCACAGAUCACCGCGUUCUUUCAGACGUCCAUUGAUAAGACGGCAGAGCGCCGAUGCAUUCAAUCCCUCAUCAUUAAAUUCCGCCAAUCAUAAACUAAUCACACAUGCCUUUCAUUCACCCCAAUCAACUCCAGAGAAGAAACAAAUACCCAGAGGCGUUGGUUCUAGCCGACGUGGCUCGUUACCUGCAAUGCCACCACCUCUUAAGAAAAGUCAAACUGUUCAUGCCAUCAACGUGCCAAAGGCUUUACUUGAACUAAAAAUGUCAUCAGACUCCAAUAAUGGCAAAAAUACUAAUAGUUUAACCGAUAUUACUAAUGAAUCCAAUCUUGUACCGUUCGAAAGUGGUAAGAAAAAGCCGUUAUUGCGUCGAGGUUCCGCGCCAUUUUUACUAGAAGACGAACUAUCCUAUACAAGACCCGGUACAUUACCACCGUUGAACAUCAACCCACGUCCUCCAAUUCCAGACAUCGGGUCAACGACGUCAAAACCGUCACCGCGGUUAGGGCGUCACGUUGGUGGAAUAACCGCCUCGCAUGAUCGUCGAUAUUCCAUGCAAGCUGAAGAUAUCCGUCGCCUUACAGGACUGUACCAGCGAACAACCGACAUUGCAGACUCGCAAAUUGACUCUAGCGGAGAUUCGGGAGCUGAAAGUAGCUGACUUUUUAUUGAAACCAGCGAAAAUAGUUUUGUCACAUUGUUAUUGAAACGCUUUGUGUCAAUUGUUCGAUAUUGUUUCUUUACUGCCUUGUAAUUAGAAAUUUUUGAUGCCUUGCUAAAUGAAAUUUAUUGAAGUGCAAUAUAUUAUGUAUGAUCUCAAACAUUACUUGAAAUCGUAAUCAAAGCCAGCAGUAGAAAUAGUAUGUGUGUAAAAAAAACCAGUGUGUGAAAUGUCUUCUAACGUAUAACGUAUUGUCAUCUUUUGCUGGUCAAAGAUCUAAAUCCAAGAACGAGUCUCAUGUAAAAUUCAGUAAUUAUUGACCUAAGUUUCAGAAAUGUCAUUGAGCUUUUUUAUUACACAUCUUUCAUGCACUACAUUCUGAUUCCAUUUAAACUCCAAAGAAGUAAAUGAGUAAGAUUAUUCUAUCCAGUCUCUAUAGACAUUAAAAUAUUGUAUACGUAAUACUCUUUUAGAAGAACAAAACCGCUAAAAAACAUAAUAUUUCCGUUUUAAUAUGACCCAAUACAUGAUUUAUUUUUGUAAUUAUGGUACUUGUUCUCACGAGUACCCCCCGCAUUCAUAUCGUCUUGUAUGUGCAAUGCAACAUAUAUACCGUGCUGCAUUGAUAUUAAGGGAGUGUAUCAACCGCAAUUUUAUUGAUGGUAUCAUCGGUGCUUGUACAAUUAUUGACUAUACAUACGUCAAAAUAAGGAAAAUGAAAUCUUUGGAACAAGAUAGCUUAUGUGAAAACAGGAAAAUCAAAGAAACAGAAAAAAAAAUCAAAAGAAAUCAACGAAAGUUUGAGAAAAAUUGAAUAGAUAAUAAGAAAGUUAUAAGCAUUUGAAGUUUAGAUCAUUAUUAUAAUGUAAAUCAUCCUAUUGGCAAUGCGAGAAGGAUGUGUGAUGUCACAAUGUGAACAGCUUUACCAUUACUUUGUAUACAUUUCACUUAAAAUGCCUCUUUUAUCACAUCAGUAGAUUAUGAUUUUUUUUCUAUAGGAGGGCUUGUAAUACAGAUUUUCAAAGAAUAUGAUAAGGAUAAAAAGCUUGUAUCACCAUAAGAAAGAGCAAAAAGAGACAUUUGGGGUGUAUUUUAUAGUCCAUCAAAGGGAAAGUAGUGUACAUGUGACAUCACACAUCCUUGUCGCAUUGCCAAUACGAGGAUCUCCAUAGCAUUAGUGAUCGCAAUAUUCAAAUGCUCAUAACUUUCCCAUUAUUUGUCCGAUUUUCCUCAAACUUUCUUUGAUCUCAUUCUUUGAUUUUUCUCUUUCCACACAAGCCCACUAGUUCCAAGGGUUUCAUUUCCCUUUAAAGAAAAUCCUUAAUAUAUUUUUGUUUGAAUGAUUUACACUAUUUUCGACCUUCCAUCCAAAAAAGGAAGAGAAUAUGCAUUUUCAGGCUGGUCUUUCCCGGAAAAAAUGUCAAUGAAAAUCAAAUGAAUUUAUUCAUUAGUUCUUAUUCGUGAUUUUUUUGUUUGGCUAUACAACAUUCACGAAUUUUUUUGAAGGUUUCUUCGCUCAUAAUGUGACUACUGGGAAUUCCGAUGUUCCCUUGUGGCGCCAAAUUGCGCGUUCUACAUGUCUAUAUACGAUUUGACAUUUAAAUAUAAUCUUUAGUACUGGAAAUUGGGACACAAGAAAACAACCAACGAAGCAGAAAACAUAAUUUUUCAUUGAAUGAUUAAAACAAUAGGAACAUGAAUCAAAUAUUGAUUUGAUACGCCUAUAAUACAUUAUUGUGAUAGAUGCUGUAGUAUUUCUUCUUUGUUUUCGACAGGUCGGGUGUAUCACUAAAGGUCAAGUCCUUCCCAGAAAAAUGUUGAUUUGAAUAAAUGGUGAGAAAUCAAAUAUAGCAUAACGCUGAAAAUUUCAUCAAAA